AUGACCACAAGCUACAGGCGCGAUUCCGACAUUCCCCGACCAUUUGGAUCGAAGAACGACGCCAUCCGAAAUGCUCGAUACAAGAAUGGAGUUCUCAUCGAAGACGACGAAGCGCACAUUCGAAACAUCAUGAAAUACAAAAACCCGGCCAACACAAAAUACGCUGCUUGGAUUGUUUCCAACUGCGAAGCAACAGCUGGAGCAUCGCAGCGAUUCGACUACGGACAACGAUUGGUCGAAGCCGGCUUAAAACUGGACGGCUACGGUGAGUGCUGGAACAACACCAUCAUCGAGAGCCCCUGGCAUGGGGAUCAUGGCGAGCCUGGCCUUAUUUCAAAGGAACGCGUUGUAGAACAUCGUCUGAUCCGCUCUAUCUCUCCUCAAGAAUCGUGGUGCUCUUGUUAG